CUUUAAUUAAAAGUCGAGCUUUCCAACUCGAGUUUAACCAAACCAUACUGCCUGCCAGCCAGCUGUGGUGUGUGUUCCAAGACCGCUGCGAGCCAAACGGCCCAUCCACACCUGACCUGGGGCUCCAGUCGUGAUCCCGUCGUACUCCCACUUUCCCGGCGGCAGCGGCGCAGCUCCCGGACCUGGACUGGGCCUUGAAUCGAUGAGGCCACGGGGUUGAUGACGGAUGCGCACGGCGCUGUGAGACGCUUCGCGGCACGCCAAUCCAUCAUACAUUGAUUGACUGCAUGCCCGCCUAGCUAGUCUCUUCGUGUCUGGGUUCGUCUAUCCACUCAUUGGCUUGGCUAGCCUCAAUACGCACGCGGCCAGCAGCUUCACCUCACCAUCAUGGCCAGCCCCAACAUCGGACAUCUCAUCCACCCUCCCGAUCCCCCACUGCUACCUCCCGCUCCUACCGGUCCGCCGUCAACUAAUACCGUGCCACCCCUCGGCACCUCGCACCACCACCCGCCGCCUUCUCGCUUGUCCCUUGCUCCGCUUGUUGUUCCUUCAGCCCCAGUCUACCGCCCGUCACCAAGUCCUGCGGCUCCGCUGCCCGACCUUGGCCAGACUCAGACGCCGCCUCGGAACCACUCCAACGUCCAGUCUCUGUACCAAUGCGCCGACUGUUUACGCCGGUACUCGCGUCCUGAACACCUGCAAAGACAUAUUGCAACACACACUUUGGGGAAACGCUUUGCCUGCGAUGUAUGCUCGAAGGCUUUCUCUCGAGCUGAUCUCCUCAAGCGUCAUCGCACCAACCACCAGGACGACAAUGGAACCAAGCGAAAGCGCAUCAACUCGUCCCCUGGUGCAGGCCGCGUGGCUCACGCUUGUCAGGCCUGCGCGAAGGCGAGGGUUAAGUGUGAAGAGCUGAAACCAUGCACUCGCUGUAGGAAUCGUGGGUUGAGUUGCGAAUAUGCAUCCUCGGAGGACGCAGCCCUGCACUUGCUCCAUCUCUCUGCGAAUGCUCGUGGCGUUGAUUACCCCCAAGAGUCAAGCCCCGAGUCUCCUUACUACCCCCAUUCGUCUGUCGUUGCAAAUAGCCAACGACAACAACAGCAAGCUGCCCAAGAUCAGAUCCGACCCGCCUACCCGCCACCCGUCAACACUCAGACCGUUGAUCACAGUCCCGUCUUCACUGGAAACCCAUCGCUUAAAGAAGAAACACAGUUGCCUACCCCAGAGACGAUGGUGACUGACGGCUUCCAGCCGCCGUAUCCUGGCAGUGCCGUCGACGACAUGGCCAAGGCCCCCUUUGGCGACUUUCUGCGCGACGUCCUCUAUGACCAGUCACUAGACCAUCCAACUAGACUCGCCGAAGCCCAAGGCCUGGCAGUCCUGGAUUUCUGCGAUGACACAAGUCUAGACCUCAGAGAGUUCGAUUUCGGCCUUCUACACCACUGGAAUGUCGACGGCUCUCCAAGCGUGCCAGACUUACGGUCUGGCCCUGACAACUUUGUUGACAUGACUGCGAUGCGAUCAAGGCUUGUGAAGAUGUGGACAGAAUCCCCAUGGCGAUGGACUCCUGCAAAAACAGACAAUGGAUAUAACGAACAAUCCAACCUGCCCUUGCCGUCUAAAGACGCUCACACGACGGCUCAAAUGCAGGCGGAUGGGAGGUUGGCAGACCGAGUGAUCGAGGAUAGGCUACACACCUCAGGUCGAGACAAGAUCUUGGCUAUUGUUCUGGGUACAUGUCGUAAUGAUGCCAUGAUGGCCCGUGUCGCGUCUUCUUUUCCAUCAGUCGACAUUAUGGACUCUUGGAUUAACAUCUUUCUGGCCUCUCACCUCUGCUCAGUAUCUUCGUGGAUACAUUACGGUUCCUUCUCCCUGAAUACGCAAUGGCCCGAGUGGUUGGCUAUAGCUGCUUCGGCUGGCGCUGUUCUGGCUCCCGUCCCUACCUUGCGUCGGUUUGGAUUCGCUCUGCAAGAGGCAGUCCGCCUUACAAUUCCUUCCAGAUUCGAAGAGAACAACAAAACUAUCGCAGAUCCUGGACUUGUCCAGGCUUUGAUGUUGAUUCAGGAUGUCGGUCUUUGGAGCGGCAAUAGGCGAAAAAUGGAGAUUGCCGAAUGCCAGAUGAUGCGGUACCGGGGAAAGUUUCAACGGUCCGCUUAUCCAAGUAUUGUCAUCCACCCAUCGGACGAGGGUAAAGUUCUCGAGGAGAAAUGGAAGCAGUGGUACCAAUCCGAGUCCUGGAAAAGGCUCGCAUUUCACGCGUACUUGAGGGAUUCCCAAGUUUCGAUGACACAGUUUUGCAAUCCGCACAUAUCGUAUGCGGAGCUUACGUUGCCUCUACCGUGUUCCAAAGAAUUGUGGUUUGCAAGAAGCGCCGAGGAGUUUAAAGUCCACUACCUAGGAACAGCAGCCGCUGGAGGCAAACAGCCCCCAUCUCUCGGCGACCUCUUCCGGGAUAUAAACCUGCUGUCAAUAACUAGUCAGCUCAUGGAUGUUCAGUUUGCUGUCUCGGUCUACUUGCAUGGGUUUUGGUCAAUGAUUUGGGAAUAUCGGCAGCUCAACUCGGUUUAUCGGCCAACCGCGCAGUCGCCAGCCUUUGCAAAUAGUACAAGCCUGCUACUGGAAACUCGGCAUCAGGAGCUCUGUAAACAGCUACAGGGCUUUCAGUUUGUCACUCUGAAUCAGUCCGACAUGAUGUCGGCCCAAGAGAGCUUGAUGCUGCACUUGCUCCUCAUGAAUCUGCACGUCUCUCUCGAUGACCUGCAGCUAUUCUCGGGCAAGGAAGGCGAGGAGCAGGCGCGUAGAGUCUACCCCACGCUUCAGCGAUGGUCUACCAGUGUAGAUGCGCGGCAGGCCAUCUGGCAUGCAGGUCAGAUUCUACGGCACGGCAAGAGGUUCCCUCUUGGACACCUCAAAGAUUUCUAUGCCAUCGGUGUGCAUCAUGCCUCCUUGUGUCUAUGGACUCACGGUGUGAUCGAGCGUGCAUCUCGGCCGCCCGGCCAUCAGCAGCACGGCCACCUCGGCUACAAUGGUACGGUAUACAUUGACGGCGACGACUGCCCAAUUGUUCACCGGUACAUUAGCUUUGGCCAAGGUCGUGCCAGUAUCCGCGGGCCUACAAAUACCAGCUCCGCUGUCGUGGACGAUCCCCGCGGAUAUAUGGAAGUUACACAGGAAAUUCUCCGUGCCAAUUUCAUUGGCGGCCCCGACAGCCUGCCUCCCAUUAGCGAGAAUAUUAUUCAUCUGCUGAAGCAGCUCUCGAAUGCAGCCUGGGCAGUCGGGUUGGCAUAG